UAAAGAUUGAUUUAUUAUGAAUUUUAUGAGUGUCCGAUUAAUAUAAGGUUAUGAAUUAUUAUGGACUGUUAUUUACUGAAGAAAAUGUCUGAUGUGAUUUUGUUCUGCUUGUGUUUGUGGAGUUUGGUGGGUGUGUUUGGUAGUGAGUUUGUGUCAGUGAUGGAGGGAGAUUCUGUCACUUUAUCUGUCAGUCUCACUGAAACACAGAUUAAAGAGGGAAUCGCCUGGAAGUUUAGAUCUCAAGAAAUGACCGCACCAGAAACAACCAUAGCUGAACUAGAAGAUAAGGGAGAUAAAGUUCGUUUCUACAAAGAUAGAGCUGAAGGAAGAUUCAGAGACAGACUGAAGUUAAACAAACGGUAACACUUUAUUUCGAUAGUCCACUUUAGACAUUUUACUAACUAUAAGUAACUUUGAAACUUACUUAUAACUACGUAUCAACUACCAAUCUUUAGAGAAUUAGUAGACUGUCUGCUUAAUAUCUACUAACACUUUAUUGUGAUGAUAUCUCAACAGACAUUCAACUGACUAUAAGUAUCUUUGCAGGUGCAUGUCAACUUAUUCCACUAACCCAAACCUCCUCCCUAACCCCAACCCUUACACUCUACUAAUACACUAAUGACAGUUAGUUGACGUAUAGUUGCAAAUUAUUGAAAGUUAGUUGACAUGUAGUUGCAAAGUUAUUUAUAGUUAGUAGAAUGUCUAAAGUGGACUAUCAAAAUAAAGUGAAACCAAACAAACACACUGGAUCUCUGAUCAUCACUAACACCAACAUCACACACACUGGACUUUAUAAAGUCAUCAACACCAAGACAAAAGAUCAACUUAAAACAUUCAAUCUUACUGUCUAUGCUCGUCUGCCCGUUCCUGUCAUCAGCAGAGUUUCUUCAUCAUCAUCAGAAAGAUCAUCAUGUGUGUUAUUGUGUUCAGUGUUGAAUGUGAGAGAUGUGAGUCUGUCCUGGUACAAAGGAAACAGUUUAUUGUCCAGCAUCAGUGUGUCUGAUCUUAUAAACAGCAUCUUUCUGGAGUAUCUGAAUGAUUCUUACAGCUGUGUGGUGAACAAUCCCAUCAGUAAUCAAACUCAACAUCUCAACACUGAUCUCUGUCAGACAUCUCAAGUGAAAGAAGUCGUCUACUGCUGUUGUGGUUUUACUGAACUUGUGAUCCAAUUGGUGGUCUCUGUUCUGGUGGGCGUGGCUGCUGUUGGUUUUGUGGUUUAUGACAUCAGAUCCAGAAGAGAUGAAGAGAAGAGGAUGAGAUCAGAUAAACCCCACUAAACCUUUUCAGUCCAUUUAUUAUAGUUAUCACACAUUAUUCAUUAUA